AUGUUUAAUCUAAGGCAGAAGAAGAAGAAGAAUCAGAAGAAAGGGCUGAUGUUGAUCAGCGUCACCUUCAUCGGCAGCUCUGGGUCGAUGAAACUGUUGGUCGAUGAGGACGAGCCUGUCGAUUCGGUCAUCCGCACCGCCUUGAAAUCUUACGCUCAACAGCAACGACUACCUGUUCUCGGAACUAAUGUCUACGAUUUCGUCCUGUAUUGCCAAGAUUUCGAUUCUCUGGGCCCUCACGAUAAAAUUGGAUCCAAAGGAAGGCGUAAUUUUGUGCUGUACGAGAAGCCGUCGUCAUCGCUGCAGCAGGAGCCUGCUGGGAAGAAGAGUAGUACUAGUGUUACCGGCCAUGGAAGACUACAGAUUUGGAAGGCGUGGAUGCAAAGAAAAGAGCACACCACGUCAAAUAAUGGUGUCGUUUGUUAG